AUGAGGAAAUUAGGACAAGAAGGUUUGGAUAGUAUUUUAUGGUAUAAAUUGAAUACAUGGUGCAAGAACUAUUUUGAAGAAUAUAGCAAAUGUGAUGUUGUGGACAACAAUAUAACAGAAAGCUUUAAUGCUUGGAUAGUUCCUGCAAGGUAUAAAACCAUCAUGACAAUGCUUGAGGAGAUAAGGGUGAAGAUGAUGAAAAGAAUUGGUGAAUUGGGAGAGUUCUCAAACACUUGGAUCACUGAUAUAUCUCCUAUGUCUUUGAAGAUUUUUCAAGAAAACAUUCAAAAGUCUAUGCAAUGUAACUUGACUUGGAAUGUAGAAACAGGUUUUGAGAUUAAACACCAUGGAAUUACACACACUGUGGACAUUGUUAAUAGGAGGCGUAGUUGCAGAUCCUGGCAGCUCAGGGGAAUUCCUUGUCCUCAUGGUGUUGCUGCCCUUCAUUACAAAAACUUGGAACCAAUCCAUUAUGUAGCUAACUGUUAUAGCAAGGAAACCUACCUCAGCACAUAUGCCCAUUUUAUUCAGCCAAUGAAUAACAUGAAAAUGUUUCCAACCUCAAAUAAUCAAAUUGUAAAGCCACCAAAGAUCAGAAAAUUGCCUGGAAGACCAGGUAAGGUAAGAAGAAAGGAAGCAGAUGAAGGCAGAAAAACUCGAAAGUUGAGCAAAAAAGCUGUUGUAAUGACUUGUAGAAAAUGUGGCACACAAGGACACAAUAAAAGAGGAUGUCCUGCAAGAAACCAAGUUGGUUCAAGCCAAUCAACUAAACCAUGUUCUAAGGCAAGAAGUACUGGUCCAAGUCAGUCAUCUGAACCAUCUUCUCAGACACAUGUACUUUUAUUUGUUACUCCCAAAUGUAUGUUAUAUGUGUAG